AUACUGGAUGAGACAUUUUGCAGAAGAUACAGAAGCAUACAAGAUAAUUGAUGGGAUUGGUUUGCAUUGGUACUUUGACAAGUAUAUCCCUCCCUCUGUUCUGACAUAUCUGCACCAAAACUUUCCUGAAAAACUGAUCAUGUAUACAGAAACCAGUAUCAAUGGAGGAUUUGGUCCAAAAGCAGUUGGAUCUUGGUUCUUGGGUAAGAGCAGAAGCUUACAUCUAUAGCAUCAUUGAGACACUUACCCACUGGACUCAGAGCUACAUGGACUGGAACCUUGCAGUGAACUUAGAAGGAGGACCAACGUUGGGCAUGGCUGUGGAAGGUGCUAUCAUUGUCAACUCUACUGGAGAAGAGUUCUACAAGCAGCCCAUCUUUCUAUGCUAUGGGUCAUUUUUCAAAGUUCAUGCCCCCAGGAGCUAG